AGUGCAGUCAGUCAGUCCGUUUCCGUGAGCCGACAGAACAAGUUCAGUUUUAAGACCGGUCCGUUGGGAAAGUGAUCCGUGCGUGUUUGCUUCUCUCUUCCCUCCCGAGAAUCGUCGCUAAAAGUAAAAGGAAAAAGCGAUCGCUCAUACACACAAAUCUAGAGACGAAUAUCCUCGCACACAUAGUUGGUUUUUUUUGGGUGUACAAGUGAGAACCAGAUAACUUUCGUGUAAAAAUGGCCUCAGGAGUGACUGUAUCGGAUGUGUGCAAAGUGACCUACGAGGAAAUCAAAAAGGACAAAAAACAUCGCUAUGUCAUUUUCUAUAUCCGAGACGAGAAACAGAUCGACGUGGAAGUGAUCGGAGACCGCAACGCCGAGUACGACCAAUUCCUGGAGGAUAUUCAGAAGGGUGGACCGGGUGAAUGCCGAUAUGGACUGUUCGACUUUGAGUACAUGCACCAGUGCCAGGGCACCUCGGAAAGUUCCAAGAAGCAGAAGCUGUUCCUCAUGUCCUGGUGCCCAGACACCGCCAAGGUCAAGAAGAAGAUGUUGUACUCCAGCUCUUUCGACGCACUGAAGAAGUCACUCGUCGGCGUCCAGAAGUACAUUCAGGCAACCGAUCUCUCGGAAGCAUCCCGAGAAGCUGUCGAAGAGAAGCUGCGCGCCACUGAUCGUCAAUAAGAUUAUCCUCACUUAAGAUUACGCACACGACAACAAUAACAACUACAAUCCAACACGACAUACAGUUACACAAAUACAUACAGAACAAAAUAUUACACUCAGCGUCAGAAUGCAGUUAGCAAGAGAGAACGGAUUACAUCAGAGCAGAUAACAAACAGAACCAUUCAAACAAUACUAUGAGAAAUAAAAAUAAACGCUAAGGAUAAAUUGAAAACAAUUGCAAACUGUAAUGCAUAAUAAUUAAAUGCGUCGUCCGUCACAGAUCAUCUCGAUUGAUCUUUUUUUUUUAUACAAUCUGAAGAAAAAAAAUCGAUCGCGAUUGUCUACACUAUCAGUUGAUUUGUAACAGGACGACGCAAUUUAAUGAAAGAAAUAACAACGGACAGUUAUUGCAAAGUCUAUCUACGACACAGUCCAGGGAUGUCAAGCAGGGAAAGUCAAAACUAUCAGGAAGCGCGGUUAUCCUCCGCAGAAGAGGGGCUAAGAGAGAAAUAGCGUUUCUUAGUAAGGCAUUUAUUUAAGCGUGUGUUUAUCACCUCUCUGUAAACCCCUCGAGAUCCGCUUCAGUCUCCCCUUUUUUCAUUCAUUGUGUGUGCGGUUGUCGAAUCAGAAAAAUGAAAAAAAAACGAACAAUCGUAUUACAGUUAUGAUUAAUUUAAAUUAAAACAAUAAAGUACUAAUGAAGAAAA